AUCUACAAUUAUCUCUGCUCUCUUAAUCUCUCUAAUUAAUUAUUACAUAAUCAUAUUUGUCAAAGGCACAUUAAAUUAGUAAUGUUCCUAACUUUGUAAUUUUCUGUUAUUCUGUUGGUAUCUUGCGAGCGUGGGGGUUGACGCUGUACUUAACCAACACGUGUUUUGUAUGCCGCAUUUCAGUUCGAGUUUUUCGUUUAUAGACAACAAUUUACUAGCAAAAUGGCAAGUGACUUGGAAAAGAAAAUUAUUAACCAGAUCGAGUAUUAUUUCGGAGACAUUAACUUACCACGUGAUAAGUUUUUGAUAGAGAAAAUUAAAGAAGAUGAGGGUUGGGUAACUAUUGAAGUUUUACUCACAUUUAAAAGAUUGGCUGCACUCUCCAAUGAAGAAGAAGUUAUAGCUGGUGCUAUCGAGAAAUCUGAAAACAAAUUGGUUUGUGUCAGUGAAGAUAAGAAAAAGGUCAGGAGGAAUCCAGAUUUGCCAGCCCCAGAAUUAAAUGAAGAACGUAAACAAGAGUUGAUGAAAAGAACUGCUUAUGCCAAAGGUUUCCCUCUUGAUGAAACAUUAGAUGCUAUUAGGACUUUCCUAGAUGAACAUGGUCCAGUUGAAACUUGCUUGAAGCGCAACUAUUUGGAUAAAAUUGCCAAAGAACACAAAUUCAAAGGAUCUUGCUUCAUUAUCUUUAAAGAUGUUGAACAGUGCAAGAAAUUUGUUGAAGCAGAAACCAUUAAAUAUAAAGAAGUUGAGUUGAUCCGCAAAAUGCAAGCUGAUUAUUAUGAACAAAAGAAAACUGAAAUUGAAGAGAGAAGAAAUAAGAAGGGCAAAAAGAACAAGGAUGAAGCAAAAGAAAUCAAAGUUAACCCUGUUGCGGUUGGAUCAGUCUUGUUUUUCUCAGGUAUCAAGGAAGACCAAACUGUAACAAGGGAGAUCAUCCGUGCUAAAGUUGAGGAAUUAUGCAAAUCAGAAAUUGCAUUCAUUGAUUAUAACAAGGGACAAACAGAAGGUUACAUUAGAUUUACCUCUGAGAAUGCUGGAAAUGAUUUCCACAAAACUUUGGAGGAAGGUAAUUUGGAUCUUGGUGAGGCCAAGAUUGUCUUCAAAACUUUGGAUGCUACACAAGAAGAAGAAUAUAAUGUUAAACAUGCAAAUGAUGUCAAGGAAAGAAGGAACAAGAAUAAAUAUAGGAAACCAGGAAAGUUUAAUAACAGAAAACGCAAAGGAAACUUUUCCAAUGACAGUCCAAGAUCCAAGAAAUAAUUUAUUUAAUAAAUUUUAUUUAACUGA